UUCUACACAGGUACGACGGUGCUGCAUCCGUACGAACCAGUCGGUUGUUUCAAGGAUGAAAAAGAUCCACGCGCUCUACCAAAAUUAGUCAAACGGUACUGGGUCAACGAGUCAGAUUUGGCUAAUUCCCUCGCAACCAUAAUUCAGAAGUGUGCUACUAAGGUGUAUGAGAAUGGCUUCUGGUAUUUUGGCGUGGAAUUUCGCCACGAAUGCUGGAGUGGAGUGAACGGUAGCUUAACUUACGACAUACAUGGGCGAUCCAACAGUUGUUUAUGUGAUCAUGGCGUGGGAUCUGUAUGGACCAUAUUUGUUUACCGCUUUGUUGGAGUGAAUGGCGGUUGGAGCCAGUGGUCGUCAUGGCAAUCAUGCAGCGUGACAUGUGGAGGGGGAAACAGGACACGCUCUCGCACAUGCUCCAAUCCAGCGUCAAAAUGGAACGGAAAGGAUUGCCCUGGGACAAAUAUCUCCACAGAGAGCUGCAAUUUGCACAAAUGUAAAGUGAAUGGCAGUUGGAGCCAGUGGUCGUCAUGGCAAUCAUGCAGUGUGACGUGUGGAGGGGGAAACAGGACACGUACUCGCACAUGCUCUAAUCCAGCGCCAAAAUGGAACGGAAUGGAUUGCCCUGGGACAAAUAUAUCCACAGAGAGCUGCAAUUUGCACAAAUGUAAAGUGAAUGGCAGUUGGAGCCAGUGGUCGUCAUGGGGACCAUGCAGCGUGACGUGUGGAGGAGGACAGUGGACACGCACUCGCACAUGCUCUAAUCCAGCGCCAAAAUGGAACGGAAAUGAUUGCCCCGGGACAAAUAUCUCCACAGAGAACUGCAGUUUGCGCAAAUGUAAAGAUACGUCGGGGCUUCAUCCGUAUGAACCAGUCGGUUGUUUCAAAGACAAUUAUCCACGCGCUCUACCAUUAUUAGUCCAAGAGUACUCUGUAAACGAGACAGAUUUGGCCAAUUCAUUCGCCAACAUAAUUCACGCGUGUGCUACUAAAGUCUUUGAGAUUGGAUUCUGGUAUUUUGGAGUGGAAUAUCGCCACGAGUGCUGGACUGGAGUGAACGGCGACAUGACUUACCACAGACACGGACAAUCCGACCGUUGUUUAUGGAAUUAUAGCGUGGGAGAUACAUGGACCAUAUUUGUUUACCGCUUUGUUGAAGUGAAUGGCAGUUGGAGCCAGUGGUCGUCAUGGCAACCAUGCAGCGUGACGUGUGGAGGGGGACACAGGACACGUUCUCGCACAUGCUCUAAUCCAGCGCCUAAAUGGAACGGAAAGUAUUGUCCUGGGACAAAUAUCUUCACAGAGAGCUGUAAUUUACACAAAUGUAAAGACUCUUCGGGAGGUAAUCGUCUUCACAACAAUCAGACUUAUCACGGUCAGAACACUGGGGAAUCAUCUUUGCCACUGGUAGCGAAGAUUGUAGGCAGCUCGCUUUUGGCUCUGCUAUGUUUAAGUGGAGUGUUAUGGUUUGCCUUGAGAUAUUUCAGAAAGAGUCGGUGAGUAUAACUUAUAACGAAUACUCUCGGUCAGCUCCAGUAAAUGAUACGCAUGUUUUAUUCAAGAAAAAAACUAGGAGGGUAGGCAACUUACAGGUCCUUGUGUGACAUAUAAACUUGUUGCAACACAAUAAACAGUUUAAGGCUGUGGUCUUACAAUAAUAUUAAUUAACAAAAAAAGCAAAAUAAAUAUUUUACAUUCCCUAUUCUCGUGCCAAAUAACCAAAGAAACGUCGAGGAAGUAUUCUACAGAAAAAUUAAUGAGAAUAGAUUUGUUUUAUGAGUUAACGCACGCUCGAGGGAAAUUGAUAUAGAUGAAGUCAACAUGACAACAAAAUUAAAAACGCUUACCGUGAAUUUUCGAGCGUUUUAUUCCGUGGAAUUCUGUUAAAAAGUUUGCACACUGGUAAUAGAUAUUUUGCCUUAGUUGGAGCUCGUUUUUCGGGAAAAA